AUGUCGUCUGAUACUCCGUCUUCAUAUCGCAAGACACAGCGCGCCCCACGAAGUUCUGACUGGUGUUUGAAUCAUAGAGGGAAAGAUCCAGUCAAGUUGCCGACAUAUGAUGAGCUGGUUCAGGAAAAUCGGCGACUAAGAACAGCUCUUGAAGCCUCUCAGGUCCGCUCCGCUUCUGAUUCGUCGUUUCGAAAGCCGAGGACUGCGCAAAACUUGUUGGAGUGCCAUGACCCGCUGGAGGAAAUGGUAUUCAAGUCUCCAUCAUCUUCACAGGUGUCUCGACAUCGCCGAGGAUGGAGUACGGUUGACGUACCCUGCCGAAAGUCUAGCGAGCUGCUAAUCGCUUAUGACAAGAAGUGGAAUUCCUGGGUCCACUAUGCCCUUGAAUAUCCCGAGUUCGAUCAAGAACAUACUCAGUUUAUGGAUAAUUUAGAAAAGGGCACUGUCUUGUCUGAUUGCGAUCCUGGUUGGUUAUCAGUGUAUUUCAGUGUUAUCACGGCUGCCCUAUUGAUGAUGGAUGACAAGGAAGCUCGGGAGAUACUUCCUGCAGGAGACAUUGGAAGUAUGCUACAACAGUGGUACAGGACUGCCAUGUUCUGUCUCGAAGAAGCAGAUUAUAUGAGAAGUAGCACAAUUCGCCCUGUUCAGGCGAUUGCAGUACUUGGCAUGUGCUUCCACAAUUUCGGAGAUUCUGAUCUAUAUCGUCAUCUCUGGAGCUGCGCAAUACGAAUCGCACAGAAUCUCGGGCUGGACGGCACUCAAGCUCCACGUCCCCCUACGGAGCUGGGCCUCGAAGCUCAAAGGCGUCUAUGGUGGACCUUGAUCAUUUGUGAAUGGCUUGCGGUCCCUUACUAUGUGCCUCAAGUAGACGAAGGAGACUUCAAUGUUCCACUGCCUUGGGCAGAAUCUGAUCACGAAGGUCCUCACCCAGUGCUGUAUCACAUAUUCAUGGCACGAACCUCGACUGUCUAUCAUAGAUUUAGAUCAGCACUACGGGAGGGCACGCGAUCAGUGGCUGAAGUCGUUCGCCUAGCUGAUGAUGAACUAGCAGAGGUCAUCAACACCUUGCCCAACCAUCUCCAACCCGAUAGUGGCAAACCCGAAGAAAUGCAGGAGCUAGAGCUAACCCACCCCUGGAUCAAAUGGCAACGUUUCGACAUCAGUCUCGUGCUUCUGCACCAUCGUAUGCGCAUCAAUCGUUCAUUACAAAAGGAGUGGCUAGCAGCUCCCGGUCUGUAUGAUUGGGCACGGGCAGUGUGUAUUCGUUCUGCUAUGGAUAUCAUCUGGAUUACCCAUAACUGGGAUCAGCCAGUCUCAAUGCGACGACAGUGGGCUUUGUCGAUGCACAUCUUCGUUGCUGCCAUCUUUCUUCUCAGAGAAUCCCAUAGAGCAAAAGCCGGGGCUGAAGUUGACUUAACGGACGAGGUGCAACUCGCCAUUGAAUACCUGGACGAGGUCAAAUCACGCAACGCCAUAGCAGAGACGGCAGUUGCCAUCCUCAGGUCUUCACUGCAUGAGGCUAACAUGGAGUUACAGUGA